AUGGCUAGGAUCAGUUUUUCCUACCUCUGCCCAGCCUCCUGGUACUUUACUGUGCCCACAGUGAGCCCAUUUCCCCGCCAGCGGGUGGCAUUCCUAGGACUCUUCUUCAUAUCCUGUCUCCUUCUCCUUAUGUUAAUCAUGGACUUUCGACGUUGGGGUGCUUCAUUGCCACGAGAUAGGCAAUAUGAAAGAUAUUUGGCUCGAGUAGGGGAUCUUGAAGCUACUGACACUGAAGACUCAAAUCUAAACUAUGGACUUGUUGUGGACUGUGGCAGCAGUGGCUCCCGGAUUUUUGUUUAUUUUUGGCCAAGACAUAAUGGGAACCCCCAUGAUUUGCUGGACAUCAAACAGAUGAGAGACCGCAACAGCCAACCAGUGGUUAAAAAAAUCAAGCCAGGGAUCUCUACAAUGGCAGACACUCCUGAACAUGCCAGUGAUUACCUUCGUCCUCUGCUGAGCUUUGCUGCUGCUCACGUGCCUGUGAAGAAGCACAAGGAGACCCCCCUCUACAUUCUGUGCACCGCAGGCAUGAGGCUUCUUCCUGAGAGGAAGCAGUUGGCUAUCUUGGCUGACCUAGUGAAAGAUUUACCACUGGAGUUUGACUUCCUCUUUUCACGGUCUCAGGCAGAAGUGAUCUCUGGGAAGCAAGAAGGGGUUUAUGCAUGGAUUGGAAUCAACUUUGUUUUGGGAAGAUUCGACCAUGUGGAUGAAUCAGAUGCUGAAGCUCCCCAGGAAUUGACAGCAGGACGCAGAAGGACAGUAGGAAUACUGGAUAUGGGGGGAGCCUCUCUCCAAAUAGCUUAUGAAGUUCCUACCUCAACCUCAGUCCUUUCUCCAAAAGAGGAAGAGGCUGCGAAGAUCUUGCUGGCGGAAUUCAACCUGGGCUGUGAUGUGCAUCACACUGAGCAUGUGUAUAGGGUUUACGUCACCACCUUUUUGGGUUUCGGGGGCAACUUUGCCCGACAGCGCUACGAAGACCUGGUGCUGAAUGAAACUCUUAGCAAAAACAGGUUGUUGGGCCAGAAGACAGGUCUGAGUCCUGACAGUCCAUUUCUGGAUCCUUGCCUGCCCGUGGGACUCACCGAUGUGGUGGAGAGGAACAGCCAGGUGCUGCAUGUCCGAGGAAAAGGAGACUGGUCCACUUGUGGGGCAAUGCUGAGCCCCCUGCUGGCUCGCUCUAACACCAGCCAGGCCUCCCUGAAUGGCAUCUACCAAUCACCUAUUGACUUCAACAACAGCGAGUUCUACGGUUUCUCUGAGUUCUUUUACUGCACGGAGGAUGUGUUGCGCAUCGGUGGCCGCUACCACGGGCCAACAUUUGCCAAGGCUGCUCAGGACUACUGUGGAAUGGCUUGGUCAGUACUAACUCAGAGAUUCAAGAAUGGCCUUUAUUCAUCCCAUGCAGAUGAGCAUCGACUCAAAUAUCAGUGUUUUAAAUCGGCUUGGAUGUACCAAGUCCUUCAUGAAGGAUUCCACUUUCCCUAUGACUACCCAAACCUACGGACCGCCCAGCUAGUAUAUGACCGGGAGGUUCAGUGGACGCUGGGAGCCAUUCUGUAUAAAACACGGUUCCUACCACUCAGGGAUCUACGGCAGGAAGGUGUCCGACAGGUCCACAGUAGCUGGUUCCGUCUCUCCUUUGUCUACAACCACUAUCUCUUCUUCGCCUGUAUCCUGGUGGUGCUAUUGGCCAUCGUCCUGUACCUUCUGCGGUUACGCCGAAUUCACCACCGACAAACUCGAGCCUCAGCUCCAUUGAACUUGCUGUGGAUUGAAGAGAUGGUGCCCAUGAUUGGGGUACAGGUGGGGCCAUGA